UACCGGCUUUUUGAAAUUGCAAAUACAUGUGAUGACUGUUUUUUAUAUUAACAAGUAUUUCAAGAUUUAAAAUGCACAAAGUAAUUGAUAAAUUUAUAUAGAGUUUAUUGUCGUGAAAGUAUAAUUAUUCACGGACUAUUUACAAAAUUGUUCAAGAAAUUACAAUUUACAAAAUUUCAUAAAGAAAGUGAAGGUUAAUCGUUUCCAGUAAACAAGAUGCAGAUGAAUAAAAAAGGAUGCAAGGAACUGUUGAUGCAGAGAAUGUUCUUAGCUAUUAUCAGCAGCAUAACAGUUCAAUUCUUUCUGGUGUGUUGUUUACUUUUAAUUACAAAUAUGAACACGGAUUAUACAUCAUGGCUUCAGAAUACAUGGACAACGGUAACCUCCUUCCGAAUGUGGAGUUAUUUUUGUGUCCUCGCCAUAGUUACGUUUUUUCAAGGAAUCAUUUGUAGUAAAAAUUAUUCAAAUACUCCACCUUACUUGAAGAGCAGAUUUACAAAGUUUUGUGCAGUAUUCACGUCUCAAAAUCUCAUAUUAGGUACUCUGCAUAUCAUCAUCGGUGGCCUCCUUGUUUGGUUACACUUAUCACUUAAAGGCGAUACACACAGAUUUUUAACGACAGAAUGUAAAAUAGUCUAUGGAACUUGUUUAAUAGAAAAACAUUAUUUUCUGUUGCUGAGUGGAUACUGGAGUGGAUUAUACUUUUACUUGAAAACCAGUAUUUUUCAUGUGAAGUACUUGAAAUUUCCUAUUAUAUCUCUUUCAAAAUUCUUUCGGUUUAAGAGAGAACUAUAUUCGUUGCUCCCAUCGCUAAUGGUAACAUCUGUAUGGCCAACUUUGUAUUAUUUAGUUGGUUACUAUUUCGUGGGUUGUUAUUGCCGGUCUAUAAUUUUAUUCCUAACAUCUGCACAGUUAGAGACUGAACCAUUGAAUAACAUUCCUGAAUUGCUGAAUUUGUCAUUGAUUUUUCAAUUAUGGUUAUACCAAUUGAUAUUUGUACUGGCAAUUGACAGUAUGUAUUUAUUGUUUGAAUUAUACUUGACAGAAUGGAUUCCUUUUGAAUUUAAACAUAGUAAUGCAUUUAACACUGAUGAAUGUGGAGUAACACUUCCAGAAGCAUUAUCUAUGGAUAAAGUUCCUAUAAUGCAACAUCUUGGCUAUUUGGAUUUAGUUACUGUAGCCCAAAAAGAGAAGGCCAGAAGAGAUAUACUGUUUACUUUAAGUCAACCUGGUGGUCACCCUUACAAUUGGAACUGCAUCGUAGAAAAAUGUAUUGGUCUUCUUAAAACAUUUUCUGAUGAUCUGAGUACAGCAUGUGUCAAAGUUCAAGAACAAUUAACCUUGGAUGCUUCAAAUUUAGCAACAAUGACCACUACCACUGCAUUUCAAAAAGAAUAUUCAUAUCAGAUGAGGAACUUAGUAAGGCAAGAAAUGCCAAUAUCCAUGCAAGAAACUGAUGUAAAAAAAGAAGUUGACAAUGAAUUAUUUAUUCAAAAAUUUAUAAAAACAAAAUGGAAUAAUUUUCUUACAUACUUACUUUCUAAACCACUUAUUUUCUAUAUAUUUGGUGAAGUAGAAGGUGGUAAAGUGUGUCAUACCUUAUUCAAUGGACAAUCAGUAAUUUGGGCUGCAGAAGCAAUUUCUUCCUUAGCUGUAUUAUCACUAACUGAAGACCCAUAUGGAAUUGUACAAAAGGAUCUACCAUCCAUAAUACGUACUUUGCUCUCGUUAAAACAAGCUCUUGAUAAAUUGCAGAAAACAACUAUUAUGACAAAAAAACAAAAUGAAGAUGAUAAAUUUAUUAAAGACAUUUUCAGUUCCUUGCGUGCAGCAACGAAACGAAGUCUUUACAGAAUUAUUAUAAAUUACGAAGCGUAUAUCAAUGAUUUAUCGCUGGAGCCGGCAGUCAAUGAACAAAUGAAUAGUUUUCUUACUUAUAAAGAAUAAUGUUCGUAGUCCGAAAUAAGCUUUUAUGUACAUACUUGAAAAUACUUGUUAGGUAUAUGAUACUUUUCAGUAUCAGAAUAUGUUACAAAGAUUAUAAGAUUAUUUUUAUAACCACUAUAUUUAUAUACAAACUAUAGUUGUAAUUAACGCAGUCUUUUUGUACAUUUAUGUUCAUAUGUUAUGUAUAAUCUAUUACUCUUUAUAAAAAAUACACUUUAUGAAUGUGAUGACGCAACUGAAUUAAGAUAUGUAAAAUACAAUAAAUUUGAUAUUUUUCGAACGUUUGUAACUCCUUCUCGCAAUACUUUAGGUGUUUAAUGUACAUUUAUAAUGAUCAUAUUUAAAAUUAUAUUAAAAAGUAACUUAUCUUUACUGUUAUAAAAUAUAUAUU